UUUUCUCCAUCGUUGCGAACGUUUCUCAUCAGCGGUAAUCCAUCGGAAAUUAGUUCAAAUAUUUGAUAUUUUCCUAAUUUUCUUCCUACGGUUACUGUCAACCACAAGCCAUGGGUGGACACGGCCACGGACCACCGUACAAGGUGCCAGAUGCUUCGAUCUACAAGGUGUCGGAUGCUCCGGAGCUGGUGGAAGUUGAGCGGGCUCUGGCUCGCCGUGGCCUGAAGGAUCCCUGGCUAAGGAACGAAGUGUGGCGUUACAAUUUGAAGCAGUUCUCGACCCAUCGCUCCCGGUUGAUUUCGUUCUUGUUCAAGGGAUUCCCGCUGGGCUUUGCCGCCUUUGUGGCCACUAUUGGUGUUGAGUUCGCUCUGGGAGUUGAUUACCACGGUCAUGGACAUGGUGAUCAUGGCGAUGAUAAGCAUGGUCAUCACUAGGAAACAAAGAGGACGGUGAACGAUCGUUGAAGUUAGGGAAAACUUUCUUUUUAAAACUUAAAAUAAACCGUGGAAGGUGCAAAAUGUUAAGCUCCAACGUA